UGCCCUUCAGCAGAGAGUAAAGUUUUGACAGGUUAACUUUCUUCAUCUGCCCUGAUUGUGGAGAGCCAGGCUUCUUAAAUUCACUAGUAUAUUCUGGGCCUGGCAGGGGAACAGGAAGUGAGCUUGCUACAGCAGACAGUGGGUGGAGUGACUGAAAGCAAAAGCUGGCCCGCUGCUUCCCGGGUCCCGGUGCUGCCAGUGUGGUCCCUGCUGAGGAGGAGACUGUGUCCCAGUGCCUGACCUCCCACAUUUGAGCUCACAGAACUGCGCUGUUGACGGGCUUGUGUCCCGGGCUGUGCAGGGACUGGUAGAGCAGGACAGAGUCUCCAUAUGUAAACCCAAUUGGCCUCGAACAGCUCUGUGGACCAAGUUAGCCUUGAACUUGCAGCAAUCCUCCUGCCUCUGCAUCUUCAGUGCCGGGAUUGCAGGUUCCUUUCUGCAGGAAGCCUGUUACCUACACUGAUACUGCACCCUGGUCAAGACUGUCUGACCACUGGCUUUCCCUAUAUUCACCUCCCUAAAAAGGUAAGCGCUCUCCUACCUCUUGACUAGGAUGGAUUUCGGCAGCUGCCUUUACCUCAUUUCUGAACAACUGGGCAGUGAUGACCUGGCUGGCCUCAAGUUUCUAAGCCUGGACUUCAUCCCACUGAAGAAGCAGGAACCCAUCAAGGAUGCCCUGGCAUUAUUCCAGAAACUACAGGAAAAGGGCCUGUUGGAGGAAGGCAAUCUAUCCUUCCUGAAGGAGCUGCUUUUCCUCAUCAGUCGUUUGGACCUACUGACCAACUUCCUAGGCAGCAGCAAGGAGGAGAUGGUGAAGAAGCUGCAGGUUCAUGGCAGAGCCCAGGUUUCUCCCUACAGGGUGAUGCUAUUUCAGCUCUCAGAAGAUGUGAGCAAAGAGGACUUGAGAUCUUUUAAAUUUUUGUUGAACGAGAAGAUCCCCAAAUGUAAGCUGGAUGAUGACUCGACCUUGCUUGACAUUUUCAUAGAAAUGGAGAAGAGGUUCAUUCUAGGAGAAGGAAAUUUGGACAACCUGAAAAAUAUGUGUGAUCAAGUCAACAAGAGCCUGCUGGGGAAGAUCGAGGAUUAUGAGAAAUCAAGCAGAGUGAGAAGAAUGAGCCUUGAAGCAGGUCCAGACUCAGUUUCAAACGGGGAGGGGUGCUUUGGAGUGCAGGAAAUGUCAGACUCCCCAAGGGAACAAGACAAUGAGUCACAGACAUUGGACAAAGUUUACCAAAUGAAAAACAAACCUCGGGGAUACUGUUUGAUCUUCAACAAUAACGAUUUUAGCAAGGCACGGAAGGACAUACCCAAACUUUCCAAAAUAAAGGAUAGGAAAGGAACAAACCAGGAUGAAGAUGCUUUGUAUGAGACCUUUACAGGACUUCAUUUUGAGGUAGUACCUCAUAAAGACUGCACAGCAAAACAAAUUCAUGAGGUUCUGGAAUCCUACCAAAGCAUGGACCACAGUAACAAAGACUGCUUCAUCUGCUGUAUCCUCUCCCAUGGAGACAAAGGCAUUGUCUAUGGCACCGAUGGGCAGGAGGCCUCUAUCUAUGAGCUGACAUCUUAUUUCACAGGUUCAAAGUGCCCUUCCUUGGCUGGAAAACCCAAAAUAUUUUUUAUUCAGGCUUGUCAAGGAGAUAGCUAUCAGAAAGCUAUACCUAUUGAGACUGACUCAAAUAAUGACACCAAUUUAGAAAUGGAUUCAUCAUCUCAAAGGAAGUACAUCCCAGAUGAGGCUGACUUUCUGCUGGGUAUGGCUACCGUGAAGAACUGUGUUUCCUAUCGAGACCCCACAAACGGGACCUGGUAUAUCCAGUCACUUUGCCGGAGCCUGAGGGAAAGAUGUCCUCAAGGCGAUGAUGUUCUCACCAUCCUGACGGAAGUGAACUAUGAAGUCAGCAAGAAAGACGACACGAGGAACAUGAGCAAGCAGAUGCCGCAGCCCACCUUCACACUACGGAAAAGGCUCUUCUUCCCUCCUAACUGAUGUCUGCUCUAGGUGUAUGACAGACUAUGGCAUUAUUGUCUACCUUUUAUUUUGAGAUUGAGGAAGAGGUGGAAGAGUUUUAAUUUAUUUUAAAUUCUAUUCAAACUAAAUCUCUGGCUCUAAAUGUGAGUUUAUACAAUUAUAGGAACUGUUUUA